UAAAUCUGAACCAGACAUCAUUAAAUGCUCUAGCCCUCUUGAAUAAAAAAACUGAAGUUAAUCUUUAUAAAAUGUGAUGAUGAUCGAUAUGGUAGAUCUAUCAUUGAAAGUCCAGGGUUGUUUAUGGAAUUUAAUAUUCCGUCUCUAGUGCCUUGAUGAAAGGAAAAAAAAAGUAAAGAGUUAAUGUCUUUUUUUAAUUUUCCUUUUAUUAAAAAACAGUAAUCUUACUCACUGAUACUUGUUGACAUUAAUACACGUCUGGUUUGAUUAAACUACUAAAGCUGAACUUCCGUAGUUGUCUUUUUUUAUUUUUAUUAUAUAUUUUUUAUUUUUUUUUCUACACCAUAUCUUUCAAAAGUUUCUCUCUACUUGCAACUACAAGCUCCAAAUUUUCUUUGAGUAUCUACUAUAUUUCAGCUUCAAGGGAAAAAUAAAUAAAAUAUAAAUUAUAGUUCUUUACUUUGUGCUGCUUUCAUAAAUAUUCUUUUCUUCAACGAGGUUAGAGAGAGAGAGAGAGAGAGAGAGAGGUACGUCUAGUUUGGUUCUUAUGUAACUACUCAACAAUUUGUAUAUGAAAAGUGUCCUAAGAUGCAGCAUUGUUGGCCCAAGUACCAGAGCAGUGAUUGAGUUUUGGGAAUAAAGAUUUUCUGGGAUAUCAAGCAAUUUCAAGAUAGAUAGAAGGAAACCAUGUUUAAGUCAUGGAGCAAGAAAAACAAGAUCAAAGCCAUAUUCAAAUUACAGUUUCAUGUUUCUCAGGUGCCCAAAUUGAAAAAAUCUUCAGUGAUGAUAACUUUGGUGCCGGAGGAUGCUGGAAAACCAUCGGUGAAAUUAGAAAAAGUUGCAGUUAAGGAUGGAACUUGUACAUGGGAAAAUCCUGUGUUUGAACCAGUCAAACUUACAAUGGAUAGCAAAACAGGAAAAAUCAUUGAGAAACUUUACCAUUUUAUUGUUUCAACUGGAACAUCAAAAUCUGGUUAUCUAGGAGAAGCUUCCAUUGAUUUCUCUGAUUUUGCAACUGAGACUGAACCAUUGACUGUCUCAAUGCCUCUCAAAUUUGCAAAUUCUGGUGCAAUUUUACAUGUUCUGAUUCAAAGGAUGCUUGGAGAUGAUGAAAGAGAUGAAAAUGGAGCCCCUCAACUUGUAAAGAAUGGAAGUGUGGAGAGUCAUGGGAGCAACUGGGAUACAGAUGGAAACAAUCUAAAUUAUACUGAAGAUGAAAACUACAACAACAUGACUCCCGCAGAGCGGGAUGCUGCGAGCUUUCUCUCACCCUUCGUAACAAAUUCUGCCCCACAGAAUGGAAGGGUUAAUGGUUCUGAGACAAAUAAGAGAAGUCUGAAUAGAUCUAACAUGAACUGGUCAGCAGAUUCAGCUUCAGAUGACAGCUUACUUGAAUCACCGAGCAGUUUGGAAGACAACCAACCAAGUGUGCGGUUGAAAGAAGCUUCAGAUGAUUCCACUGAAAAACUCAAAAAUGAAAAUACCAUGUUGAUGAGACAAGCGGAACUUUCAGAACUUGAAAUACAGUCUCUUCGGAGACAUGUUGAGAAGGAGAUCAAACAAGGUCAGAAUUUAUCAAGACACAUUGUUAUUCUCAGAGAGGAGAGAGAUGCACUCAAAUCAGAGUGUGAACAUUUCAAGUCAUUGCAAAGUACUGAUGAGGCGGAGGCUCCAAAAAGAUUACAGGCUGCGAUUAAGGAUUCGAAAGUUCAGUUAGAAGCAAUUAGAGAGGAGCUUAAUCAUGAAAAGGAAUUAAGUAAUGAUCUUCAGUUGCAACUGCAGAAGACCCAAGACUCAAACUCUGAAUUGAUACUGGUUGUGAGGGAUCUUGAAGAUACACUGGAUCAAAAAAGUAGGGAAAUAUUGGAUCUUUCAAGCAAAAUAGAAGCUGCUAAAAAUGCCUCCACACAGGUUGACCAACAAUCAUCGGAAUCGAUUGCUAAGAAACACAAUGAUGCAGAAGUGGACCUAUUAGAGGCUAAAAUUGGAGAUCUAUGUGAUGAAAUAGACAUUUACAAGGAGGAAAGGGAAAAACAGAACAGGCGUAUAAACCAGCUCAUGUUGAACAAUGACCUUUUGAAACAGGAUAACUAUGACAUGUCUUUGAAGUUAAAGCGAAGCCAAGAAGAACAGACAAAAUUAGAAAAUGAAUGCGCAUAUUAUAUAGCAACUACUGAAGAGCAUGAAUCUCAGGUAGAGAGAUUAGAAGAAACAAUUAAGAAACAAGCUCGAGAAUUUGCAGAUGCUUUGGUCUCCCUCAAUGAACUUGAAAUGCAGGUUAAAGCUUUGGAGAAGGAACUGGAGAAACAAGCCAAUAGAUUUGAAAAUGAGCUGGAUUCGAUUAAACGUGCUAAAGUUGAGCAAGAACAGAAAGCCAACCAAGCAGAGGAGGCCUUAAGGAAUAUAAGGUUGAAAGGUUCUAAUAAAGCUGAGCAUCUUCAGGAGGAAUUCAGAAGUCAAGCUGCCAAAGCACAGACAGAAGCUAAUGAACUACGCCAGAACAACAUAAUUCUAGAAGAAAAGCUUCAGAAAGUCGCAGAAGAACUUGUGAUGAUUAGAGACCAGGACAAAGUGAGAGUGGAAGAACUUGUUAAUGAAAUUGAUCUGAAAGAAAAGCAGAUAGGGAAGAUGUCGUUGGAGCUAAACAAUAAGUCCCAGCAACUUGAAUGUGCUCAAAAUCUCAAGGAAGAAAAGCAUGAAGCUUUCUUGAGAGAAAUUCAGAAGCUCAGAGCAGAAAUAGAAAGGCUCAAUAAGGAGAAAGCCAAUCUUGCAGAAGAAAAAGAAGAAAGAGUAAGAUUGAAAAAUGAAACCGAGCGAAUGAAGAAAUCAGUUUUUGAAAAAGAGAUGCUGGUAAAGAAAUUGAAUAAAGAAAAGGAAAACUUGGAGGCAAAACUUGCUUUGGCAAGGCAGGAAGCUGAGAAAGAGUCAAAAACUAGUUCUUCCCGUGCCAGUGAACAUAACAUUUCAGAAUUACUAACUGAAGUUGCAUCACUCAAGGAUAAGAGUAAAUCCAUGGAGAAUGAACUAAAAGAAAUGGAAGGAAGAUACUCAGAGUUAAGUCUACGAUUUGCAGAGGUAGAAGGUGAGAGGCAGCAGCUUGUGAUGACCGUGCGAAACCUCAAGAAUGGCAAAAAGAAUUAGUGUAUUAUAAUUUUCUCAGUGUUGAUUUUUGAGGCGGGAAACAGGUUGUACUAAAGCAAAGUAUGAUCAAGGUGUGUGGCUAUAUUACACUGAAUCUCAGGUCCAGGUGACAAGAAAAGAAAUAUAUGUAUGAGUAUUUUUCCCGUCUUUGUAGUUCAUUUUAGACAUACAAUUAUAAGUGAUAACCAUUUAUUCUAAGACACUCAAGCAACAGAUACAAGAUUCAGUCAAUUGUUUUGGUCACAGAUGUUGUAUUAAGUUAAUUAUUAUUAUUAUUAUUA